CCCGCCGCACGCGCCCCGCGCCCGCCGCCGCACGCGCUCGCUUCGCCCCCCUCCGGUUUCUCUUUUUCUCCCCGCCUACCAUCCCCCGGUUCGUGCCGCUCUCCCCGCCGCUGACUUCCAUCCCGUUCGCUGCACCGCACGCCUCAGCCAUGCCCGCCGACACGGGCAUGGAGAAACCGACCGCCUCGCCCAUCGCCGGCGCGCCCGCCAGCGCCAGCCACACGCCGGACAAGCCGCGGAGCGCCAGCGAGCACCGGAAGUCCUCCAAGCCCAUCAUGGAGAAGCGGCGCCGGGCGCGGAUCAAUGAGAGCCUGGGGCAGCUCAAGACGCUCAUCCUGGACGCGCUCAAGAAGGACAGCUCGCGGCACUCCAAGCUGGAGAAGGCGGACAUCCUGGAGAUGACCGUCAAGCACCUGCGGAACCUGCAGCGGGCGCAGAUGACCGCCGCGCUCAGCGCCGACCCCACCGUCCUCGGCAAGUACCGGGCGGGCUUCAACGAGUGCAUGAACGAGGUGACCCGGUUCCUGUCCACCUGCGAAGGGGUCAACGCGGACGUGCGCACGCGGCUGCUGAGCCACCUCUCGGCGUGCCUGGGCCAGAUCGUGGCCAUGAACUACCCCCCUCCUCCUCCGCCGCCGCCGCCGCCCGCCCAGCCCGCACAUCUGGCGCAGCAGCCGCUGCACGUCCAGCUGCCGCCGGGCGCCGCCGGCGCCGUGCCCGUGCCCUGCAAGCACCCCGCCGAGGCGCUGUCCCCCAAGGUCUACGGCGGCUUCCAGCUCGUUCCGGCCACCGACGGCCAGUUCGCCUUCCUCAUCCCCAACCCGGCCUUCCCGCCCGGCUCCGGACCGGUUAUUCCGCUCUACGCCAACGCCAACGCGCCGGUGGCGGCGGGCGGCGGCUCGGGGAGCGCGGCCGCCACCCCCUCGGCGUCGCCGGUGCAAGGCUUGACAUCAUUUGGGGGCAGCAUUGGGCCGGCGUCGCAGGCCGGGAGUCCCGUGGGAGAGCGCAGUGAAUCCGUCUGGAGACCCUGGUGACUUCCAACGAGUCGUUCUCGUCUCCAAAAACAACAAAAAAAACAAAAACGAACUCUCGUUGGCUCCGUUCUAUGGAGCCCCUGUUAUGUCUUGGGGUUUUUUAAAGCAGAGAGGAAGAAAAGGACCUCGCUAUGAACGUGCUAUUUAUUAUUUUCAGAGGUUGGGAUCUCGACUUGUAUUUUUACUCCUUUAAAAUGCCUUUAUUUGAGAUACUUUUUUUAAGAAACGAACAAAAGAAAAAAAUAAAUGAGAAAUAGUUUUGUAACGAAUAUUGAAAAAGUUAUAAUGCCAAAGUUGUUUGUAUCCCGUUGGUCUGUGGGUGUGUGCGUGCCUGUGUCGAAGACGUCCAAAAACGAAAAGAGAAAAAAAUUGCAGGUGUUUCAAUAAAGGAACUCUUUGAAAUAGAA